AUGGAUGAGAGGUUCAAUGGUACAUAUAUAACUUUUACUGGAUAUGUUGCAGUUCAGAAGUUCAAAUAUCUGUAUUUUCUCCUCAUGCUAACAGUAUAUGUUCUGAUAAUCUGUUGUAAUUCUACCGUUGUGUACCUUAUCUGGAGGAAUAAAAGCCUUCAUGAGCCCAUGUACAUUUUUAUCGCAGCGUUGCUAACCAACUCUGUUGUUCUCAGCAGUGCUGUCUACCCAAAGUUCUUAAUUGACUUUUUAUCAGACACACAGAUCAUUUCUUAUUCAGCCUGUCUCUUUCAGUUUUUUAUAUUUUAUGCCGUAGGCAGCUCGGAGUUCUUACUGUUGUCCGUCAUGGCUUAUGAUAGAUAUGUGUCUAUCUGUAAACCUCUGCAGUAUCCCAGCAUCAUGAGGAAAAACGUGGUGUGUCUUUUCUUGUUUUUAGCUUGGCUUUUGCCUGCUUGUCACAUUGCUGUCCCAACUAUACUGAGUGCUAAAAGUAAACUGUGCAACUUUACCUUAAAAGCAAUCUUUUGUAACAAUACAAUAUACAGACUUCAGUGUGUAAGCUCAAGGGUAAUCACUAUUUACGGUGUGUUCACUUUAGUUGACCUUGCAGUUCUCCCUUUUCUCUUUAUUUUAUUUACAUACACAAAGAUUCUGGUUGUAUCCUAUUCAAGCUGCAAAGAAAUCAAGAAAAAAGCAGCAGAAACCUGUCUACCUCAUGUGCUGGUUUUAAUCUGUUACUCCUGUUUGUGUGCGUAUGAUAUCAGUAUAGCACGAGUGGAAUCCAAUUUCCCAGAAACUGCACGCUUCAUAAUGAUGUUACAGACUGUUUUUUAUAACCCGUUGUUAAAUCCACUGAUAUACGGGCUCAAAAUGAAAGAAAUUUCUAGACACCUCAGGAGGUUGUUCUUUUCAGGAAAAGUCUAA